AGGUGUGGAUGAUGGAGCAGAAGAAGAUCCACGAUACGGGAGGCAUGCCGAAAUGGGAGACGAAGCAGUAUUUCCGUGAGUACAUGGAGGACUUCAACACCUGCACCCUGCCGCACGACAAGUACAUCGAUCUGGAGAAGUGGGAGAUGGCGGAGUUCCACCGCAAGAAGGCCAGCGAGGCCAAGCGGCGCGCAUCGGGGGACGCGCUGUCGAUGAGGGAGGACGAGAUGGAGAUGAACCUCAAGAAGCGGAGGGCCAGGGAGGCGGCGAACGCCAAGUUCGACAACCUCGUCAAGGCCUCCAUCACGGGCUCCAAGCGCGAGAGCAUGCAGAGCCAGGACCUGCUGCGGGCCAAGAUGCAGAACGCCUACAAGCACGGUGACAUGGAAACGGUGAAGCGCAUCGAGAAACGGCUCGAGCCUGACGAGAUGGAAGGGUGGAGAUGAGCACUUCGAGUCAAUCCGCCGAAGAACUG